AUGGAGGAUGCAGCUGUCGCGGAAGCGAGAUGCCGCUCUUCUGUUCCGGCCCCGGCCCCCAAGGCCCGGCGCCAGGUGGCUCACCAGAUCCCCAAAGAGAUCUUAUCCGACCCAGACCUCCAGGCAGCCGUGGGAGCCCUCCCUUCUAACUACAACUUUGAGAUCUACAAGACCAUAUGGCGGAUCCGGCAGGCCCAGGCAAAGCGAGUGGCGCUGCAGAUGCCCGAAGGCCUACUCAUGUUCGCUUGCACCCUCGCUGACAUCAUUGAGAGGUUCACUGGAGCCAAAGCAGUCGUGAUGGGCGACGUGACCUAUGGAGCCUGUUGUGUGGAUGACUUCACAGCCCGGGCGCUGGGAGCCGACUUCCUGGUACACUACGGCCACAGCUGUCUGAUUCCCAUCGAUUCCACGGGGAGUGUGAAGAUGUUGUACAUCUUUGUUGACAUCAAGAUUGACAUGACCCAUUUCGUGGAGGUGGUGCGGUUCAACUUCCCAGCAGGGGCCAAACUGGCGCUUGUCAGCACGGUUCAGUUUGUAUCUGCCCUUCAGGCUGCCACUCGGGAACUUUGCUCAGAUUAUACUGUCUUCACCCCACAAUGCAAGCCUCUCUCCCCUGGGGAGAUAUUGGGGUGUACGUCCCCCCAGCUGGCAAAGGACACAGAUGCCAUUGUGUAUCUCGGCGAUGGCCGCUUCCACCUGGAGUCCAUCAUGAUUGCCAACCCGGGGAUUCCUGCAUACAGGUACGACCCCUACAGCAAGGUCUUCUCACAAGAGCACUACGACCACGAGCGCAUGCAGGAUUCGCGCAAGGAAGCCAUCCGCAAAGCAUCCCAUGCCUCCAAGUGGGGACUUAUCCUGGGGACCUUGGGACGCCAGGGGUCCCCAGCCAUCCUACAGCACUUAGAGUCAUGCCUCCAAGCCUUGCAACGCCCCUUCGUCCGGCUUCUGCUCUCGGAGAUAUUCCCAGGCAAACUGCAGCUCUUCCCCGAUGUUGAGGCGUGGGUGCAGGUGGCUUGCCCUCGACUCUCCAUCGACUGGGGGGAGGCCUUUGACAAACCUCUGCUCACACCCUACGAGGCUGCCGUGGCUCUGCAGCAGGUUGCGUGGCAGGAGACCUACCCCAUGGAUUUCUAUGCCAGCCAGUCCUUGGGACCCUGGACGGCGAACCACACCUCCCACCGCCCCCAAAAGAAAAGCGCCGUCAAAGAGGUGAGAGUCACAGGCAUCUUCGCAGGUGAAGGUGGCAGGGCCUACACUGCCUGCGAGACCGAGCGGAGACCGCCAAAAGGAGGAGGAAGAGUCAACCCCACAACCACAGCAGCCUUGAGGCCCUGA